AGCUUCAUUUUUCGUGGCUCCGUUGAACGCUCACCGGGGGCGGUUUCCAUUUCGGUUACGGUUCGAAGCUGAAGCCAGACCGCGCCGCCUAGGCUCGCUUCGGCUCACUUCGGCUCCGCCUCGCGAGUAAUCCUGUCGCUCGGGGCCUAAGCUCCCGAUGGCUGGGACGAGGGUCUUCCUGACGCUGUUGCUCGUUUGCCUGUCGCGGUGUCUGCCGCAGACUUCGGGUAGCGACGGGGAUGGAGGCGACGAUUUCACGGCGAACAACGGCACCAAGCUGAUCGAAAGUCCCUCACGGCGAACCAGGUCCCUUGUUUUCCCUCACGACUCGCAGAUGCUGCUGAUCUUUGGUCUGGGAACGCCGCUGCAGCUGGAACGCGAGAGCGUGAUCGUCGGUUACUUCGCAAAGAUCGUGUUCGAUCUACCCGCCAACGCUUCGGAUUUCACCGAGCCCGGGAUCUAUUAUUCUCGCACGCAGAGGAGCAGAUGGAGUAUCUACAGGAUCCUGGAGAAGGUAGCGGGCCUGUACGGGUUCGGCGGCAAGGCGUGCCUGAUGAAGGCAAUUUGCGAGGCGGCGUCCACGCCGUUCGACGACAAGCAUAGUCUAUUGGGGCAGCUGUUGCAAGUACUUUUCAAGCCCUCCAGCACCGAGGAGCGGUACGAGGAGUACGGGGACAGAGAGUACAGAGCGGCCGAGCGCUUGGGCGAGCAGGUGUCGGCCGAAAACUGCCACGCCCUUUAUCCCGAAUGCCGCAGAAGUGUGCUCGACGUGUUCUCCACGGUGAUUUCGUGAGCACCGACACCGAAAAUACGGACUCCGGAUGGAACAGGCGCACGCCACGGGAACGGCCACGCCUCGAAUCCUCGUUGAUUCCGUGGCUACGAACCGCUCCCGAGAUAUCUAUCCGCUUUCUCGGCUCCGCCAACGAGAACCGCCAGCGAGGAGCGGCAGCGAGAACUGGCAGCAAGCGUCGGCAUCGAGGAUCAACGUCGAGAAUCGACAGCGAUCGCCGGUAACGAGGAUCGACGAUCAAGAACUUGUUGCCGAACGAACUGUAUACGAUCGUGGACAAAUACAGUCGAUGCAAAAAUUAUUCGUACACUUUUUCAAAUGGAAUAACCUUUUAAUAAUUCGGCCAGGCCCAAUUUGGGCCUAAAAUUUGUUGCGGAUGUUAGGGAGAUUAUUUUACUAGAUAUGUAUUGGCGAGAAAACUGUAUUUCAAAAAUUACAAUUGGUUGGAGGGAUAAAAGAAUUUCAUAAAAUUAAUGUAUAUUAUUUGGUCAAAUUUGAACUAACAAGUUAGAUUGUGUGACAUCGAUUACUUUUUUAACGUUCUUAUGUUUUGUUGAUCCUAACAACAUUAGAAAGGUAUAAUAGAUUAACUUUGAAAUUAAUUUUCAAACCUGUGCAAAUAAUUCCGUCACGCAAAUAUAAGCGGCAUUCAAUGUGUUAAAAGUAGCGAAAGUUCCAGUUUUCACGACUUUCGACCAAAAACUGUAAGAUCUAGUUAUCGACGCCAAUAAAAUGCGUUUUUGAAUUUCUGGCAUUUGUUCAGAUAAGGAAGUUGAAUAACGCGAUUUCUUAACUUUUUUUAUCAUUUUAAGCAAUUGCUAUUUUUACGUAAAAUGUUUAAUACGUUAUCUGCUAAAUUAGUUCCUCUAACACCUCAAAAAAUUUCAUCUCGUUUGGUUCAAUUUUAGAAGAAGUUAUUCCCUUUUAAACGGUGUUCAAAUAUAUUUGUCCACAAAUGUGCCUAUCGAUGAAAUAGCGGAGUUUGGACAUCAGGAAAGAUAGGAUACUAAUUGAAUGGUAAUAUUCUAUUAGUCCAACACUUGUGGAAAUCGCAAAGAUUAAACGUAAAAUAUCUUCAUGAAUAACUGCAAAA